AUGGCUGGUGCUCGCGAAGAAGAAAGACACUUUAAGAAAAAUGACAGACGAGAUUUUAAUACUAAACGAAAGAACUCGUUCGCGAGUAAAAAUAAAGACCUUCACACUAAUGCUCCACCAGUUUCGGCUACAGCAACUUCACCGACUACACCAACUUCCGUUGGCUCUACAACGUCUAACGCGUCGUUUUCUUCAGGUUCACCUAACCUUGCUCUACCAAGUUUGAGGCCGACUCCAGAACAUGUGCCCGUUAAUAAUUUCAACUCUCAGGAAGUUGAGGCAUUUUUGAAUAGUGGGUGGAAGGAAGAAAUUGAUCGAUUUUAUAAUCAAAAUAAUCCUGAAUCUGAAAAACCAGAGAUGUAUAAAUCAGAAAAGGCGUGGGGAAAGGGGGUUCCUGCUUGGGGCCAGAAACCGCAUUUAAUGGCAAACGGCAAUGAUUUCUUUAAUGAAUUGAGGAAGUCAUCUCCUAACGUUCAAGUAUCAGUAUCAAAUGCUCAGCCCACGACAGCCAAGUAA